CGGAUGUAGAAUGUGUGUGCGUAAUGGCGUUGCAGCAGAGUGGGUUUCUGUUUCUCAUGUAAACAACACACUCACACAGCCACCCGCUUGUUCAUGAUACUGACAGGACGCACGAGAAUAACAGCCGAAUUUCAGGGCAUGUCUUUUUCUCAUAGAGGGUCUUUGAUGUGAACAGCGCAAUGUCGAUGGAAGACCCGUUUUUUGUUGUGAAAGGGGAGGUCCAGAAGGCUGUGAACACUGCCCAGGGUCUGUAUCAGAGAUGGACUGAGCUGCUGCAGGAUCCUGGUAGUGCCACUAAGGAGGAGAUCGACUGGACCACCAAUGAGCUGAGGAACAGCUUGAGGUCUAUUGAGUGGGACCUGGAGGACUUGGAUGAGACCAUUAGUAUUGUGGAAGCCAAUCCACGGAAGUUCAAUCUUGAUUCUGUGGAACUGAACAAGCGGAAAGCCUUCAUCACCAGCACAAGGCAGACUGUAAAGGAGAUGAAAGAUCAAAUGGCAAGUCCAAUGGCCAUGUCCCUGUCAGAAAAGAAAAGCAGACAGACUCUGAUGGGAGAUGGAGGGUCUCGUGGACCGAUCUGGCAACCAGGAGGAGAUAAAUACACACGUCUGGACCGAGAACUGCAAUCAGCCAACUCUCAGUUUAUUGAGGAGCAACAAACUCAGCAACAGCUCAUAGCGGAGCAGCAGGACGAGCAGUUGGAGCUGGUGUCAGGGACCAUUGGCGUAUUAAAGAACAUGUCUGAACGGAUUGGACAAGAGCUGGACGAACAGGCAGUAAUGCUGGAUGAUUUUGGUCAUGAGAUGGACAACACCCAGUCCAGGUUAGAUAAUGUGAUGAAGAAGCUGGCUAAAGUUUCACACAUGACUAGUGACCGGCGACAAUGGUGUGCUAUUGGCAUUUUGUUGGCCAUCCUGUUCGUUGUGAUCCUCCUCCUCAUUGUUCUGUGAACAGCACUCCGUUCCCGACCACUACAGCUUUCCUCAUUCCAACCGAAGGAUUGACUAAAACAAAGGUGCUUUAAGGAAAGGAAAUCGCCUUCGUCUCCACUCAUUCAGUCAUACUCUUACCUGCUGAGUAUUGCGCUUUCUUCUGCCACUCCAGAAUGCUACCUGUGUGGUACUUGUUUAGCUGUAAAUAUCCGUUUUUUUGUUUUGUUUUGUUUUGUUUUUAAAAUAAGUGUUUUGGUAACACCUAAGCUCAAGGGGCUUAUAGUUGUGCAGUCUGCAUCACUUACAUUUUCUGUAAGUGUAUUAGUACAAGAGGAAAGCGGAAGUCAAAUGAUAUUUGAAAUUAGUGUCCUGAGUCAGGGUAAAACUCGAUCUUGUUACUUUGAACUUUUUUGUGUCAUUAAUGCUUCAGAGUGAUUUAUUGAAGUAAUAGUGGGCUUAUUUUUCACAUGAAAAUUCUAGGGCUAAUAUUUAAUCUUUAGCUUCCUGUCCUAUUUGUUAACUGGUUUAUAAUGUACACCUACUAUAUAGGUUUUGAGAAUUUUCCAUCACCAAAAUAUCAUCAGCACUGACCCCUUUCUAAUGAUGGACAGAGAAAAGGGGGCUGACAAAGUGUACAUAUCAGCAAUUAUAUACCUACAGAGUGACCUGUAUGGUGGAUCUACCUGAUAAAAUGGCCAGUAAGUGUAGGUACAGCAUAGAUGUAUCUAAUGAUUAACUAAUGAAGUUAAAGCUAUACUGAACACUGGGGUUUCUUGAUUUGGAACCAGAUUUAUUUUUGAAGCGGGUAUUUGAUUAACAGCACUAAUGAUAAGUUAACCACUUCCUAUAAUAUAACUUUCCAAAUUCUUAUGAUUUCUUUUUGUCCUGUCUCAGUUUGUAGUAGAGAAUUUAUUUCAGGCUAAAUGAGACUGACUGAAUGAGCUUGACUGUAACCUAUUUAUGACGUGCUUUGAGCAUGUUUGCUUGUAAGGUCAGUUGUAACUAAUAUAGAACUGGACAAUUAGCAGAAGAUUAGUGGUCCUGCUGCAUAAAGAUCAGUUUGCUUCAAGUGAUGCUGCAGAGAUGUAGCUACCUUGUAAAAGCUAUCUUCUUGCUUUAAAAUCACACCUGCUAGUCACUUACCCCUGGACAGUUUUCAUAUUGCAUGGAUGUGCUUCAGCCAAAGGCACUUAGUCCUAACAGGAGGAACGCUGAAAUUCAUAAAAAAUAUAAUAAUAAAAUAAAUAAAUAACGAGUUGAGGCAGUUCAAGACAGUUCAGGAACUAUCAUCACACAUGAAUAACUUUAUGGGUUAAAACACUACUUUAUGUUCAUCACUUUAUGUACCUCAUUUUAGCAUGUGCAGCAAUGCAGCUCUGACAGCGUCAAACGUGAAAAAAGAGUUUGCGGUUAAAACUGAAAUCAGGCGUAAGUCAGCUCAAUUUUUUCUACAUGGAAAGAUGAACUGAAUUUAUUUCUAUUCAUCAAACUGUUCAGCUAAAAAUUUUAAAAAGCAAAUAGCAGUGCUCAUUUCAGUUCUGUUUUUCUGACUUUAUACAAUGUACUCUAAAAACUGAUCGAUGAUAUAAACAUCUCAAAAAUAUACAGGGAUCACUUUUAAGGAGAAAUAAGUGGCUAUUCAUACUACAAAUAAAUGACUAAAAAUACACUGACACUGCGCCUUUUUCCACUGCGCCUUUUUCCACUGCAGCUACCAAACGUUUUACACCAGAAAAAUGAAGCUGUGCAUUUUUUAAAUUUUGUUCAGUAACAAAAUUUCCAGUUUUUUAUUCUUUUUUGAAUGUCUGCUGAGGAUGGGGCUAACAGCAUGUAACACCGUAUACACACACAAACACAGAGUGGCCAUUUUAAACAAUAUGCGUCUUCUAACCUGGCCAGUUUGAGUUGACCACAUGACCAAAGUUAAUUGAAGUAUUUUUUCCAUGUGAAAAAACAGCAGAAACGCACUGUGGGCUGUGAUGAUGUCAUUCCUUUUACCAUCUUCACUGUGAGAAUUCCAGUUCUUUCUUAAGUUGGUGGAAAAUGAACCAGCACCCAGAACGUAAUUUCUCUCAUAGGUCCAGGUUUAAAGUCGAUCCUAAAGCAUAGCGUGGUAUAGAAUUUCAGUUUCUUCAGACAUUUUUUAAGGUACGUUUGUAAAUAGUAAUGCAUAACCUGAUCAUAGAUCAAACCUUUGGUACACAGGGUGGUGUAUUUCACCAUCACCAGCCAAUCGGGAACACAUUCUGACAUAAAGAGAAAAAAACUACAUCUAUGAUUGAGAUGCAGUAUUAACGUUUAUUUCAGACAAGGUUUAUCUCUUGAGCUAGUAAGUUUAAAAACAAAAAAAUUCAGAUAGACUGUGCUUUAGAAUAAAGUGGUGACUCAAAUAAGCUGUCAAUCCAUUUGCAUUUGAAUGCUCUAAAUGACGAAAUAAAUUUAUAAAGUAUGUCACAUUAACUGUAAAUUGUUUGAAAUAUUUCAAAAUUUAAAUUUGACCUAUGACAUUUUGCACUAGCUGAGUAAAUGUUGGUAAUGCUUGUUAUGCUGCUGAUUUUUUUUAUGGUUUAUCCUGCGAUUGCUUAGGUUUAUAUAUACCGAUACAGUGUAUUUUAGUGAAUUGGUUAUGUACGGUGAUCAUAGACCACAAGAAUACUUCCCACAUAAAGAAAUGAUAUUACUCGCAGAAUAAAAAGAAAAGGCACAUUAUUAGUUGUAACACUUUUAACAUGGUGCACUGUGAACAGAAUCAAAGAGUAGUGUUGUUUAUGGCAGAUGUAGCCCCUACAAGGAUAUUGGUGUACAUUACAGAAAGUUAUAAAUAAGGCUAUGUUAAAACUGUGCUACUUGGGGCAAUUUUUAGCAGUAGUGGCCAUUUGCAUUCACAAUAGGCUGCAAUAGAGCUUACAAUCUACUGGUGCAACUGGCUGCAGAACCCAAAGUUCCACUGGCUCCUGGUUGGGCCAGGUCUUGUUUCCCUAAAUAUGCAGUGGAAAAACACGCAUCGUUGUGUAUUUUGGAAAGUCAUUUCUCCAGUGUUUGCUGAAAAUGUGAAGGCCCGUUCCUUUUCCAUUCUUGAGAUUGACGCCAUAUGAUCAGUGAUGCAAUGAGGCUGUGCUAUGACUGCGUUAAAGCUGUCAAAUGAAACAGGAAAAGCUUCUUAAGGCUCCUUAAAGAAGACAUAUAUAUAAUUCGUAGUAUGGCCUGAAUAGAUAAUAGUGACCUUUUUGGCAUGUUUUAUUUGCUAGAUUUCAACUUGCACAAUACCAUAUCAAAGUAUCGACCAAAAGCCGCUGUGAAGUUCAGAACACUACAUAGCUAGUGCCUUAGUAUCUCAUACAGAAGGGAGGGCAAAAAGGAUUUGUUUUUAUCUAAGCAUUAUCUACCAUUUCAAAAGGAUAUUCUAAUGUGGGAUUCCUCCCUAUACUCUAGUUUGCUGAAUCUGAAUCAGAGAAAUUGGUUCAUUUGCUAUUAGGUUUGGUUUAGUUUUACACUGUACAUAAUUAAAUGAACCAAAAGCAACAAAAACUACUUUAGCUGAGGGGUGUAUACUUCUGAAAGUUAAUUAUCAGAAAUACAGAAUAAAGCAAACCUUUGCUGAGUAUGUGUAGAAAUCACAAAAAUCACCUGAGCAUGGAGAACACCAUGCUAGUACUAAAUAGGUCAUUAGACAAUUAUAUGAAUAACUAUUUCUUUAACUUCUCUUCUUUGUUCGUUGAUUUAGCCAGGUCGAUUCAGAGUCAAACUGCUUUCUCACUGAAAUAGAUCCACACUAGAUCUCACUUGGAACUGCACCAAGACUACCUCCCUCAGACACUCUCGGACCGGUUGUUUUGAUCUGCAACCAAGUAUGAUUACUGUGUUCUCACCUGCCUUAAAAAGCACACAGAGAGGGAGAACACACCAGGGUUCCAUUCAAACAGACUGAAAACUGCAUAUGUGAAUGCACCCUAGAGGAAAAAGGUCAUAUCUAGAAUCCUUAAUGGUUGUUUGGUUCUUAAAGGUUCUAUAUAAAGUUUUAGCAGAGUGUUUACCUAUCAGAAAGGGUUCCAACCCAUUUAGGAUGCUUUGAACGCUAAUCUCUACAAGAAACUAUUUCUAACCCUUUUUCUAAGAGUGUAGGAGGGAAGUUCAUCUGCUGCUGCAUAAGUAUAUGUUAGAUUCAGUAUUGUCACAAAAAAGGUCUCCGCAAUCCAGUUUCAUAUUUUAUCAUUUGUGUAAACAGUGAUGUACAAUACUUUUAUCAUGUUCUUAGUGAAUUGUUGACUUUAUGUUUAUUAUUUGUAUUCACACUCUGACUGCUAUUUUCUUGGUCUCUCCAAUUUUAAGGAAAUUAUGAUGGAAUUUUGAGUAAAAUAAGAAAAAGUCUUAUUUCUGUAGCCCCAAACAAGACCUAGUGACCAUGAAGAGCGAUUAUUAUGCUGUUGUACAAUGUACCACUAAAACAAAAACACCCACUGUAAAGUAAAAAUUGCAUUGCAAUCAUGUCACUGUGGACUGGUGACAGGGUGGAGAGAACAUGGUAGUGAAUGGGCUUUUAUUAAUCCUUAUAGUUUGUCAGAUUUGAUUGUUAGUUUAAUGUUUGUUGACUGUGUGAGAAUGAAAUGAUAUCCUGUUGUUUCCGUUUGACCAUCAACUUCCCUUUAAGAAAUUCUGUCCCAUCAUCCCUGAGUGCAACUGAGUUCCCUAUGAAUCUAUUAAAUGCAGAUUACUGCUGAA